AUGGGGGUUGAAAUUAGAGGGAGACAACUCGAGGCUAGAGGCCGGAGACGGGUGCCGUUGCCCGUGACUGCGCGCGAGUGGGCGAUUGCCAACUCACCAACUCACCAACUCACACCGGCCGCGCAUCAUCACCCUGGCUCGUCCGCGGCAAGACUGGGUUGCACCCCGGGCUGGGCCGAGCAGUGGAGAGGGAGACGCCCGAGGUCCACCACCUUGGAAUCAGGAGUCACGGUUCAACCCGGGUCAGGGGCCGUCAUAAGUCCGGGACAGCAGAAAGUCUCUCUGGGGAUGCAUGAGGCGAUACUGGUUUCUCUCCAAGCCUUACUGGACUGGGGCCAGGGUGAUUCCAAAUGGGUCCAAGGUAGACGAGGCAGAAGGUCUGGAUGUGGGGAUGGGAAACGGGAUGGCUUCUUUGUUCGCAUGGGUAUCAAGCAUCAAAACUUGGCCCGCUUUGUCAACGCCCUCCAUGCUUGCAGGGUCUGCAGUAGAGGACCUGAGGAAACAAAAUCGAACAAGAAAUACUGUAUGGUCUUCUUUGGCGCUACUUCAACGCCAGUUCCCGCAUCCAAGUUGGUGGGUUUUUACUUUCUAUCUUUCGUAGCAGUAGCCUAA